GGCCAGUCGAGCUGCGGCCGCCGAGCAGUGCGCGCCGCUCCCAGUGUUCGUCCGUCCGUCCCCGCCAGUGACGCGACUGUGAUGUGCGCCGCUCACCGGAGCCGAUGAGGUGUGCGAGCGGCCCGUAGCGCGGCCGCCAUGACGUGUCCGGACACCGCUCCGGAUCCGCGCCUGGAUCCCCGCCUGGAUCCGCGGACAGACUGCGAUCCGGAGCCGGAGCAGAGCCGACAGCCACCCAGCCCGCGAGUCGCUCCGGGGCUGUCGGUCUGCCAGACACCUCCGGUACCCCCUCCACCGCCUCCUCCGCGGCUGUCCGCGGCGGCUCGGCCGGCGCCGGCGCCCCUCCGGCCGCUGGUGCCGCCGCUGGUGCCGCCGCUGGUGCUGGUGCUGGUGCUGCUGGCCGCGCCGGCCGCCGCGCUGACGCAGUGCCGCCGGGAGUGGGUGCCCCACGAUCAGCGGCUGUUGGUGCGCUGCCGGGUGGACAGUCUGUCGGCCGAGCUGGACCCGGCGCCGCUGCGGCUGCAGAGCCAUGAGACCGUGCGUGGCCUCCACCUGGUCUGCGUGGAGACCGGCCUGCCGCACGGACCGCUGCUGCCCGGCGCGUUCCGCCUCUUCCCGCAUCUGGAGGAGCUGCGGAUCGAGCAGUGCCUGAUCCCGGAGCUGUCGCGCGCCUCGCUGGACGGACUCCACAAGCUGAAGAACCUGACGUUUCGCACAAACGGCGUCGAGUGGUCGACGGCGGCCACGCUGCGCCUGUACCCGGACACGUUCCGCGCCAUGACGCGGCUGGAGCUGCUCGACCUCGGAGGGAACAACUUCUGGUCGCUGCCGGCCGGCAUCUUCUGUCCGCUGGCGCAGCUGCUGACGCUGAACCUCACCAACAACCGUCUGGGCGACCUGACCAACAUCUCGCUGUCGACGGCCGGCGGCGCGCCGUGCCCGCUGCCGGUGCGGGAGCUGGACGUCUCCGGCAACCAGCUGGUGUCGCUGCACGCCGGCCACUUCCCCGGCCUGCCGCGGCUGACGCGGCUCCUGCUGGACCGAAACGAGCUCUCCGAGCUGGGUGACGGACUGCUGCGGGUGCUGCCGGCGCUCCAGGUGCUCAACGUCUCGUCCAACCGGCUGUCGGCGCUGCCACCGGAGGCGUUCCGCGGCGCCGCGGCGCUCACCGAGAUUCAUCUGCAGCACAACCGUCUGCGUGUGAUGGCGCCCGGCGUGUUCGCCGGCCUCGAGCGGCUGCUGGUGCUGGACCUGUCACACAACCGGCUGUCGGACGACUGGGUCAACUCGGACACUCUCGCCGAGCUGCCCGGUCUUGUCCUGCUGCGGCUCGCGUACAACAACGUCUCGCGCGUCGACGCCGCCAUGUUUGAGUCGAUGCAGAAUUUACGCGUGCUCGACCUCGACUCGAACGCGCUGGAGACGCUGCCUUCUGGCGCAUUCGCGCAGCUCGGCGCGCUCACAGAGCUGGGUCUGUCGCAGAACCGGCUGGCGCGGCUGCCGGUCGGCGCGCUGGACGGCCUGGAGUCGCUGACCAGUCUCUCGCUCCGAGGCAACCGUCUGGUGGAGAUCGACGACGAUGUACUGGCGGCGGCGCCUCGGCUGCGGACGCUGGACCUAGCUGACAAUCGACUGGAGCGAGUACCGCCGGCGCUGGGUCGUCUCGGCUCGCUCAAGUCGCUCGACAUCGGUGGGAACCUAAUCGAGAGCGUCGACAACGCGUCUCUGUCUGUUCUGCCCGAGCUGUUUGCGCUCCAGAUGGAGGGAAAUCAAAUCAGCGACCUGUCUGACGUCCACUUCGGUAACCUCACCAAGCUUCGAGCGCUCAAUCUGGCACGGAACGAGCUCAACUCGCUUCCUUCGGGCGUGUUCGAUAAUCUGAGUAAUCUGCAGAUGCUGCGGCUGGAUAGUAACCAGCUAACGUCGCUCCGUGGCGCUCUCACCGGUCUGGACAGUCUGAAGUGGCUGAACGCCUCCAACAACCGACUGACUACGUUUGACUACGCUGACAUUCCACGUGGUCUCGAGUGGCUCGAUCUCCAUGGAAACGCGCUCACCGAGCUAGAAAAUGCGCAUGAGCUGGAAAAGGACCUCCGGCUGAAGACGUUGGACGUCAGCUUCAACCGAAUCACGACGCUGAGUCCGUUUCAGCUCCCCGACAUGCUGGAGACACUGAUUGCGCACGAUAACGCUAUCACCCAGGUGUAUCCCUACACCUUCUUCCGGAAGCACAACAUCUCACGGGUCGACUUGUUCGCCAACCAGAUCAGCACCAUCGACAUCAACGCCUUCCGUCUGAACCUCGCUACGGACCGACUGCGGCCAGAGUUUUACGUCGGCGGGAAUCCUGUGACAUGCGACUGUCGGCUGCAGUGGCUCGGCGAGCUGAACUCGAACAACGACUCGUCUCAGUACCCGCGUCUCAUGGACCUGGAGAGCCUGUUCUGCCGGCUGGCGUUCAACGUGCAGCGCGACUACAUGCCACUGGUGGAGGUGCCGCGCUCUCAGUUCCUGUGCGCCUACACCAGUCACUGUGCCACACUGUGUCAGUGCUGCCAGUUUGACGCGUGCGACUGCGAGAUGACGUGUCCGACCAACUGCACCUGCUACCACACCGCCGACUGGUCGGGGAACAUCGUCGACUGCACGGCGGCUGGCCAUCAGACGCUGCCCGAGCACAUCCCCAUGGACGCCACCGAGCUGUACCUGGACGGAAACCACCUGCCGCGCCUCUCCAGCCACGCCUUCAUCGGGCGCCAGCACCUGCUCGUGUUGUACCUCAACGACAGCCGAGUGCGCACCGUCACCAACCGCACCUUCAACGGGCUCACCAGCCUGCAGGUCCUGCACCUUGAGCGCAACGACCUGGCGCGCCUGCACGGAUUCGAGUUCGACACACUGCUGCUGCUCCGCGAGCUCUACCUUCACGACAACGUCAUCGCCUCCAUCGACAACCGCACGUUCACGCCGCUCGUCUCGCUGCAGGUUCUGCGGCUCGACGGGAACCGACUGGUGCGCUUUGCGCCGCUGCAGCUCACCCGCCACGCGCACCUAGUGUCGGUGAACGUAUCGGCGAACCAGUGGACGUGCGCGUGCGAUUUCCUCGAGACGUUCCGCGAGUGGUUGGAGGCGACUAAAAGUGCAGUGGUGGAGCCCGAGACGCUGACGUGCUUUCCGAACGAGACGAGCACCGCGGUGCCGCGCGCGAUUUUAGGUCACAACGCAACGGCGUGUCACUUCAUCAACAACACGAUCGCGACACAGGUGUACCAGCGGCGCUCGGCGGGCGACUACGCGUUCAUCGCCGCCGUCUCGGUGCUCGCGCUGGUCGCCGUGGUAGUCGCCGUCGUGGUGUACAUCUUCUGGCACGAGAUGCGUGUGCUCGCUUAUGCCAAGUACGGCGUGCGCAUGUUCACGGGCGGGCGCGCGGAGGCGGAGAGUGACAAGCUGUUCGACGCGUUCGUCAGCUACAGUGCCAAGGACGAGCCGUUUGUGGUGGACGUGCUGGCGCGCGCGCUGGAGACGGACGAGCCCAGCUUCCGGCUGUGUCUGCACCACCGCGACCUGGCCGUGCGCGCCUACGUGGCCGACACGAUCGUGCACGCGAUCGAGUCGAGCCGUCGCACGGUGGUGGUGCUGUCGGACCACUUUGUGCGCGCCGAGUGGUCGCGCUGCGAGGUGAAGUCGGCGCUGCACCAGGCGCUCAGCGGACGUCAGGGUCGUCUGAUUGUGAUAAUAGUCGGCGCCGUGCCGACCAGAGAACUCGACCCCGACCUGAGACUCUACCUAAAGACGAGUCCUGUGCUGCACUGGGGUGACACACUAUUCUGGGAGAAACUGAAAUUCGAGCUUCCGGACGUGCGGCGCGCGCAGCGGGAGGAGCCUCCCGAGUACGAGUACCCGAUGGCGGUACAUAUCUGAGGUACCGCCCAUCGGGGGGUGUGCCCGGCUAGUCAGGGAGCGCUCCUCGCGCUGUGGUGGGACGUGCAGAGCCCGUACUUCAGAGGCAUGGCAGGGUGUGUCGGUGAUUCGCUGUGUUUGCGUUGUUCGUGCCGUUUUUAGGUAUCUAUCAUCCGUCCAGUGAAACUGUUUAGUGUUCAUGCUUUACUCAAUGUGUGAUUCAACUGAAAGCAACUAUCUAUAGUAUCUGACAAUUUCUCGUUAUGUGCCUUCUCCAUAUAAUUUGUUGUUCCCAGAUCCCCGAGUUAUGUGACUGCCAUUUCUCCCCUAGCCUUGUGUAGGCGAUGUUGUUGUUUCGGCAGUGUGUGAGUGUGUGUGUCCCGGCGCGGCGCCGCUGUGAUAUAUGUCUGUGUGCGGCUGCUGGCUGGGCGGAGGGGCGGCGGCUACCGAGCGGCGCGGCGGCCGCACCCGUCCGCUUGGCCGCCGCGGGCCGACGCCUCUUUGUUUCCGUGAGCGCCCCGACCGCUCGCAAUUUAUGGCUUAUAGUUUUAUGCAAAUGACUGUGAUCGCAAAAUGAGUCCGAUAUUUAUGAGCGUAUUAUAUAAAUAAACGGACGGCCGUUGCUAGCGGCUUCAGCACUCA